UCUCACUGGAGGAUUUCUCCAAUUCUGCUGAAAGCGUUGGGUAUUUACAGCUAGAUUUAUCAAUUGUAUCCAGCAUGCAGGCUGUCGAACCAAUUCCUAUGCUUGCAACGGACACUGAUGUUAUUGAGGACAAUCUGUUGACCCCAUUCACCGACGAUGGCAACCUGCAACGAGUCAAGUACUGCAUCAGCAUUUUUCGCGGUGAAUUCACUGACAAAUCAGAUUACGCUGUACAGGUGACCUACGGUGGAAUCAAGUCUAGGACGCGGUUUGUGCGGGCGAAGGAUACUCACGAGUGGAACGAAAAAAUCACUUUCAUUGGAACUUUUCCCUCACUUUCGCAAACGUUCAUCGUUGAUGUAGUUGUUAGUGAUUGCUGCUACAAAAGAGUUUUGGCAAGCGUGGAAAUACCUUUCGAGACGAUUUCGAUGGAGGUUGAUGGCGUUUACACACUUCCUACGUUUGGGCCAUCCUAUUUGUAUUUCUAUCGCGGAGAAAAUCAUUCUCUUUACACUGGAAAACUGUUACUUUCCCUAUCGACUGAAGUUGUGCACAAUCGUUCAAUUUCUCCAAAAAAGUGCCAAACUACAUCCAUUCCUGUCGCGCUGGAUGCGUCAAAGUACUUCAAAGAGGAAAAGUUUCUGAUGAAGCUUAUCGUUCUCAACGUGCUGGUGUUCGACGCGGUCAAACCGACCAAAAUCAAAAUCUCAUUAAAAUGCUUAGAUAACAGAUCGAAUGUCGUCGAACUGAAGCUGGACAAAUUGGCCAUAUCAAAAGUUCGUUACGCCACCUUCAAGGAAUCCUCUCUGCGCCCGGUGUUGACAGUGAGAUUCGAAUGUCCGGAUUUUCGCUGGAAAUAUCAUCCAUUAAUUGCACUCCACCGAACGUUGAAGCUGGCCGAGCGACUGCUGGAGAAAUUUGAGCUUUUCCGUGUGGACAAUGGGGUUGGUCGUGCUGACCGCCUGAAAUUGGCUAUCCUAGAUGUGAUUAAUGAAAUUGGUGAAAGUAUCGGAAAAGCUAGAAGAUUGCUCUACGCGAGAAAUGAUAACAGAUACACACACUGGGACCACAAAUGGAUGCUGCAUGCUGUUCAACAAAUCGACUCAUUUGGCGCUGCUCUGAAAGAGCUCAAAAGCUAUUCCGAGAAGUCACCGCUCGCUGACGACAAGAUUCUAUCAGUUCAACGUGAUUUAACCAAACUGCUGCAAAAGCUGACGCAACUGGCGGAUAACCCUCAAAACGCCCUCCCCGAUGGAUUUCUGCUAGUAAGUCAUUCAUCCGGUCGUUGCUGCACUCAAGGCUCAUCAUCGAAAGGAUGCACUUCAGCUGGCGAGACCUUGCCCUGUGAUGCAUUCUGCCGACUUGGUACCAUCGACUAUUUGCAGUGGCAAUCAGAUUCCGGCAGUGAUAGGAAAUCACCGACGAGGGGCCUAAACGGUGCCAGCCAACGCAGAGCACUGUUGGUUAAGCCAAUCAGCUGUCGGCACUCGUGUGGCCCCGACCAGUGCGGUUGUGUGUACGCCAAGCUGGACGUGGCCAUUUGGGUGGGCACGGAAGAGCAGGAUGUAAUGGAAGAGGCAAGAACCAAGCGACAAAAUCAGGACAAGCAUCACAACCCGCAGCAAGUUCAAUGUCAUACAUCAGCGGUGGGGCCCGUAAAAUGUACUGCAAAUGUGUACCAGGGGAAAAUUGAGGCUGGCUUCGACAGCAGUGGUCUGAGUGAUCCCAAAUUGGUGGUCCUGGUUGAAAACCGCGAAAUGGCAACUGCGACAAUUCAUCAGACGCUGUCUCCAUUAUGGAACGAGGUUAUUAAAUUCCGGGAUGUAAAUCUAUUGGAAUGCAACGAUUGGUUCUACAACGACGAACUGACCGUGAUGCUUCUCUUGCUUGACGAAGAUACCCGGCUGGGCACGCACAAAACGUAUCAAGUAAUCGGCACUGGAUGGUUCAAAUGUAGCCUCCGUCCCACUUUCCAGGAACGAGAUUACCCCAUCGAUACCAACAUGGUGUUCCCUCCGGAGAGCUAUUCUUUAUUGGAUAGUAGAAAAAGUGAAAAUAAUGAGACAUUGACACCACCAGACACCGACGGUCACACCUCAGCACCGGAAGUGGGCCAUAAAGUAGUCUCCCACCGGAAGGGCAAACUUUCUGGCCAGUGGAAGGAGUUCGAUGACCAACGACUGGACAAGGUCUUCCGCUGGGUAGGCUUGUACCGGAAUGGAACGAAAAUGGCGAGCGUGCUGAUGUCGUGCCACGUUCAGCAUCAGGGCCUUGAAAAUGCCUCUGAUGAUGAUCCUCAAAAUAUAUUUCCCGACAUGGAGAAAUUUACGGUGGAGGUCCUGUUCACGGGCUUGCGAGAUUUGGCGACGCUGCCCUUCAAAAGUGCUGGUCGAUAUCGGCUUCAGAUGAUUUUCGGCGAACUGAAACUUUCCAGUGGGCUUUCGUGUAAAAGUAGCGGCGGUCGGUCGAUAAACUUUGUGGACGUGUAUGCAACUGGAAAUUUGAUGCUUCCAAAAAAUGUUGAAUAUUGGCCGGCAUUGAUGGUGCAACAGGUUGAUUGUUCAUGCUCAAGAGAAGGAAAAGUUGUUGGUGCAAAUAUGAUGGACAGGCCAGAGCAGUUCUUGCAAGAAGUAAAUCUAAACUCGAUAAAGCAACACAUGGUCCGAAAACGGGAUUCUGAAAUAACGCUGCGGAAAUCCUCGUCGGAUUCGUUCCACAGUGCUGAGCAAGAACCACUAAUUGAAUUCGAUGCACGUAAAACUAGAUUGUCUGAAAAGUUAGUUCCUGCUCUGAAAACUAUCGGGCACACCGUCAAAAAUAGUAUCAUGCAUCCAGUCAAAACUAAUUUGGCUAAGCGCCGAAACUCUCUCGAGACGGACUACACGUGGUGGACCAAGUUCUACAAUAGUGCCAGCCCGCUUCCGUCCGCCCACAAGCACAAAUUGAAGAUUUAUUCGUGCGAGCUGGAGAAAGUUCCAGAGUUUGAGCAUUUUCACGAUUGGAGUAUCCCGGUUUUUUUGUACAAAAAAGCUACACAUAAUCCGUCAAAACCAGCUGAAUCAUAUGGCAUGGUCAAGUGCAAAAUUAUGAUCAAACCGUUUGAAAGAAAUCGUGAAAUAAAAUCAGUUAAUUCGCUAUUCAACUUGAACCUUCGAUCAAUCCCUAUUUUGGCCCCCGAAACCAAAGUCAUCGUCGUGGUGUACAUAGUGCAAGGACUCAAUCUGAGAUCUCGUGAUCUGUUCAGUCUAUCCGAUGCGUACGUAAAGCUCCAGCUGGGCAGCACAAAGAUCGUGGACCGCCCAAACUUUGUGAAAGACCAAACGAAUCCCGUGUUCGGGAAGCGAUUCGUGCUGCACGGAAGUCUUCCCAGGGAUCAGCACCUCCAGAUAUCCGUGCUUGAUCAUGACAAUUGCUUCGCGGACGAUCUGAUUGGAACCACGUGCGUUGAUAUCGAGGAUCGUUUUCAAAGCUGUCAUUCGUUGUCGAUUGGCUUACCACUGGAGUACAGUUCGUCGGGGUACAACGCGUGGCGUCAUCCAAAGAAGCCAACGGAGCUACUGGAACAGAUUUGCCGACAAAGCUCUAUAGCAGGUCCCAAAUACGGGACCAAAUCAAUUCACCUAGCUGGAGUAGACAUACAAGAUGACACCCAAAUUUCAACCACAGAAGACCCGCGUGAGCGGCUGGCCCUUGUGGCUUUGAAGAAUUUUCACAAAAUCCCCGUAGUUGGUUGUCAUUUUGUUCCCGAGCACGUGGAAACUAGAUCUUUGUAUCAUCCCGAUAAUCCACGCAUUGAGCAAGGAAAGCUUCAGCUGUGGGUUGAAACGUAUCCCGAGGGAUGUGUUCCCAAUUUGGUUGAUAUUACCCCGAAUCCUCCAAAGCCGUACGAACUGCGAGUGAUUGUUUGGAACACGAAGGAUGUGAUUUUGGAUGAGAAGAAUAUUUUCGGAACGCUGAUGAGCGAUAUUUAUGUUAAGUGCUGGUUGCAGGACAUUUCGGACGCCCAGUUCACUGACAUCCACUACCGGUCCUUGGACGGAUCCGGAAACUUCAACUGGCGUAUGAUAUUCCCUUUUAAUUACUCAAGCUCCGAUAUUAUGAUGGUGGUAAGACGCAAGAAAAGUUUCUACGAGCAACUCGACACCGAACACAAAGUUCCCCCGCUGCUGACGGUGCAGGUGUGGGAUAAUGAUCUACUGACGCGCGAUGACUUCUUGGGGACGUUGAACCUGAAUCUGGCCCAACUGCCGGUUCCAGCUUCAAAGCCUGCGAAAUGUGGCCUACCCGAGCCCGGUUCAGGAUCAAAAGGUGACGAACGGCGUUUCCUGAAUCUGUUCCGCGAAGGCAAAGUUCGCGGUUGGUACCCAAUUGUUGGCCAUGGAAACGGCAAAGUGGUGCAAACGGGUAAAAUCGAGCUGGAGCUUCAGAUUUUGACUGAGGAGGAAGCGCUUUUGCAACCUGCUGGUAGAGGACGAAAACCACCCCAGAGUUUGGCGAUGCCAGACCGUCCAGACACGUCCUUCAACUGGUACCGCAGUCCGCUCAAGUCGUUCCGGAAAAUCCUCUGGCCAUUGGCACGCAAAGCACUCCUCGUUUGUACUCUAGUCUUGCUGCUGGUUCUGCUCUUGUACGGGCUGAUAAUCAUGCUGCCCACCUCCACCAUCAUCAGCCAAGCCCUCGCCCGGAAAGCGUCCACGGAUCGCAUCGUCCGGACCGGGAUCGUUGACGUGCCGUAGACAGAUGGAUUGGCGGUUGGCGGUUGGCUAUUUACUUCUGUGACACAUGUUGCCUCUCUAUGUGUACAAUGGCGCGAACCAGACAAACCAGGCUUCCUUUCUUCGUUUUUCCCUCUUAUCGGCAUGUUAUCAGUGGACUAAUUACAAUUAUAAUUGUGUUGAUUGUGGAAAA